GGGAAGCCUAUUUGGCGCGGGCUGACCUGUUGUUGUGUUGACCUGCCGCUGCCGCCUUGUGAAGCUGUCAUUGAAAAAGGAUAAAGGCUUGUACUUAAACCCUCAUGGCUCCGGUAUCAAACCCAGAGAAGGACAUGGAGGCUCCAGACUGCGACGAUGGAGGUGAUGCCUGCGGUCUGGCCAAGUCCCGCUCCAGACGGGAGAAGAGGGAGAAGGUGGGGAGGAAGUCUGCGCUGGAGCAGCUCAAGAAAGCCAAGAAGGGGGAGAAGAUCAAAUAUGAGGUGGAGGAGCUCACCAGCGUGUAUGAAGAGGUGGAUGAGCAACAGUACUCAAAGAUAGUUCGAGAAAGACAAGAGGAUGACUGGAUUGUUGAUGAUGAUGGAAUAGGAUAUGUGGAGGAUGGAAGAGAAAUCUUUGAUGAUGAUUUGGAUGACGAUGUUGUUGAAAACAACAAAGGAAAACCUGGUGCUAAAGGAGCAGAUUCAAAGAAAAAUGUAAAGAAGUCUGUUGUAGCUAAGCCCAACACCAUUAAGAGCCUCUUCAUGAACAGCAAUGUAAAGAGACCUGCUGAGAAAGACGUGGAUUUGUCCAAAGAUGACCUAUUAGGAGACAUCCUACAGGAUCUGCACUCAGAGAAACAGAAUUCCCUGACUCCUCCACCAGUUGUGACUCUGAAGAAAAAGAAAUCUCUUGGAUCACCAAUGAAUCCCUUUUCUGUCAAGCCCCAGAUUCCAAAGGAGUCACCCUCAGCUCCAGCGCUAAAGGCCAAGAUUAUCAAACAACCGCCUUCUGACCCGACCCCCAGAGCAUCAGCCCGCCCUCCACCUGCAUCUGCUCUCUCUGUGGAAAAGCAAAGGGUGAAAGUGGAGGAACAGGAAGAAGAAGUGAGUGACUCAAUGGCGUUUGAUGGGGUGGACUUCGAUGAGCCGAUGGAAGUGGGGAUUGAGGAGGGGAAACCAGAGGUCAAAGCUGCAGAUGCAGCUGAACCUAAAGCAGCCGUAUCAGUUCUUGCAGUAAAAGCUGAACCAAAAACAGAACCCCAGGACCCGGUCUUAUUGUCAAGCAGAAUCAGCUCUUGGGGUCAGGAGGAAGAGGCUGGAGUCAGCGAGGCUCCAGCAGAGGUCCAGGUUGAUUCAAGCAGACUCCCGCUUGCAGAGGGGCCAGAUGGGGAGCAGGUUUUCCGCUUCUACUGGCUGGAUGCCUUUGAAGACCCCUACAGCCAACCAGGUGUGGUGUACUUGUUUGGGAAAGUGUGGAUUGAGUCUGCAAAGUCUCAUGUCAGCUGCUGUGUCACUGUAAGGAACAUUGAACGCACCAUGUACUUCCUGCCUCGAGAAUAUAAAGUGAACACAAAGACUGGGGAGGUGUCGGACACUCCUGUGGGAAUGAUGGACGUCUACCAAGAGUUCAACCAGCUUUCUGAGAAGUUUAAGAUCAUGAAGUUUAAGUCUAAGAAAGUGGAGAAGAACUACGCUUUUGAAAUCCCUGAUGUGCCAAGCCAAUGCGAGUACCUGGAAGUCAGAUAUUCAGCUGAGUUUCCCUCACUGCCUUCAGACCUCAAGGGGGAGACAUUUUCCCACAUAUUUGGGACCAACACCUCCAGUCUGGAGCACUUUCUCCUCAGCAGGAAGAUUAAAGGGCCCUGCUGGCUCGACAUCAAGACACCACAGCUCAUCAGCCAGCCGGUCAGCUGGUGUAAGGUGGAGGCUCUGGCUCUGAGGGGAGACCUGAUUACUGUGGUCAAAGACCUGUCCCCUCCGCCCAUCACAGUCAUGUCCAUCAAUCUGAAGACCAUCCAAAAUCCCAAGACGCAUCACAACGAGAUUGUGUCCCUGGCUGCACUCGUUCACUAUAACUUCCACAUGGACAAGGCUCCACCUCAGCCUCCAUAUCAGACACAUUUCUGUGUUGUCAGUAGACCAGUUGACUGUAUCUUCCCCUAUGACUUCAAAGAAGCUGUAAGAAAGAAGAAUGGAAAAGUGGAGAUAGCUUCAACUGAGCGGACUCUGCUUGGAUUCUUCCUGGCCAAGAUGCACAAAAUCGACCCGGAUGUCCUGGUGGGUCAUGACAUCUUCGGCUUUGACCUGGAAGUGAUUCUGCAGAGAAUCAAUGUGUGCAAGGUUCCCCACUGGUCGAAGAUCGGACGUCUCAGGAGGGCCAACAUGCCCAAACUUGGGGGUCGUGGGUCCUUCGCAGAAAAGAGCGCAACCUGUGGCCGUCUGGUGUGCGAUGUAGAGAUCUCAGCCAAGGAGCUGAUUCGUUGUAAAAGUUAUCACCUGACUGAGCUGACUGCUCAGGUGCUGAAGACUGAGAGAGUCACAGUCCCUCAGGAAAAUAUCAAGAAUCUUUACAGUGACUCUCCUCACCUCCUCUACCUGCUGGAGUUAACAUGGACAGACGCCAAGCUGAUCCUCCAGAUGAUGUGUGAGCUCAACGUGCUCCCGCUGGCCCUGCAGAUCACCAACAUCGCUGGCAAUGUCAUGUCCCGCACGCUGAUGGGCGGACGUUCAGAGAGGAAUGAGUUCCUUUUGCUUCAUGCCUUCCACGACAAAAACUACAUCGUCCCAGACAAACCCUCUUUUAAAAAGGCCCAGCUGGAAACGAUGGAGGGAGAGGAAGAUGUGGAUGUGAGUAAAGGAAAGCGGAAGAAGAAGGCAGCUUAUGCUGGAGGUCUGGUGCUGGAUCCUAAAGUUGGUUUCUAUGACAAGUUUGUGCUGCUGCUGGACUUCAACAGCUUGUAUCCCUCCAUCAUUCAGGAGUUCAACAUCUGCUUCACCACUGUGCAGAGAGAGGCUUACAAUUCUAAGAAGAAGAAUGACGACGAUGAGUCAGAGGAGAUUCCUGAAAUCCCAGAUUCAGAUCUGGAGAUGGGAAUUCUGCCGAAAGAGAUCAGAAAGCUGGUGGAGAGACGCCGGCAGGUCAAACAGCUGAUGAAACAGCAGGACAUCAACCCAGACCUCUACCUGCAGUACGACAUCCGCCAGAAGGCUCUGAAGCUGACCGCUAACAGCAUGUAUGGCUGCCUGGGAUUCAGCUACAGCCGCUUCUACGCUAAGCCGCUCGCUGCCUUGGUCACACACAAGGGUAGAGAGAUUCUGAUGCACACCAAAGACAUGGUUCAGAAGAUGAAUCUGGAAGUCAUCUAUGGAGAUACAGACUCCAUCAUGAUCAACACAAACAGCAAGUCUCUGGAGGAAGUCUUCAAACUGGGCAAUAAGGUAAAGGCAGAAGUCAACAAGCUCUACAAACUGCUGGAGAUUGACAUCGAUGGUGUGUUCAAGUCUCUGUUGUUGCUGAAGAAGAAGAAGUACGCAGCCCUGGUGGUAGAGAACCAUGGAGAGGGACGAUACAGCGUCAAGCAGGAGCUCAAAGGAUUGGACAUUGUCAGGAGAGACUGGUGUGACCUGGCUAAAGAAUGUGGCAACUAUGUGAUUGGUCAAAUCCUCUCAGACCAGAAUCGGGAUGUCAUCGUGGAGAACAUCCAGAAACACCUGGUGGAGGUGGGAGAGAAAGUAGCAGCUGGAGCCAUCCCGCUCAACCAGUUUGAGAUACACAAGGCUCUGACUAAAGACCCUCAGGACUAUCCAGACAAGAAAAGCCUUCCUCACGUCCACGUGGCUCUAUGGAUCAACUCCCAGGGCGGACACCGGGUCAAAGCCGGAGAUACAAUCUCUUACAUCAUCUGCAAGGAUGGCUCCACACUGGCAGCCAGUCAGAGAGCGUACGCUCUAGAGCAGCUCCAGAAACAGGAGAAUCUCAGUCUGGACACUCAGUACUACCUCGCCCAGCAGGUCCACCCUGUGGUGUCCCGAAUCUGUGACCCCAUCGAAGGCAUUGACAGUGUUCUCAUAGCCACCUGGCUGGGUCUUGACCCGGGUCAGUUCCGGGCUCACCAGCAGUACCAGAGGGAGGAUGAAGCUGAUGGCACGCUUGGAGCUCCGGUCCAACUGACUGAUGAAGAGCGCUACAAAGACUGUGAGAGGUUCACCUUCACCUGCCCCCAGUGUGGUACUGACAACAUCUAUGACAGUGUCUUCGAAGGAGCUGGAGUAAAGAUGGAACCCAGCUUGAUGAGAUGCUGUCACAUCCCUUGUGGAAGCCGACCAAUUGACUACACCAUCAACAUCAGCAACAAGCUGCUCCUGGACAUUCGCCGCCACAUCAAAAAAUACUACUCUGGCUGGUUGGUGUGUGAGGACCAGGCCUGCCAGAACAGGAUCAGACGUUUGCCCAUCGCCUUCUCUCGCCAUGGACCAAUCUGCCCUGCCUGCACCAGAGCCACCCUCAGACCAGAGUACUCAGAGAAGGCUCUGUACAACCAGCUCUGCUUCUACAGGUUCAUCUUUGACUGGGAUCACGCCUGUGCCAAAGUACUCCAGCCUGAUGAGAGAAGUCGAGUAUCAAAGCUGUGGAGCCGAGAGAAAGACGUGUACCGGAGGCUGAAGGAAGUCCCCGACAAAGCUUUGGCUACCAGCGGCUACUCAGAGAUCAACCUGGCCAAACUGUUCCAGGCCUUCUCCUCGCUCAAGUAAAACAACACACACAUGUCUGUUAUGAUGGCAGCGCUGAGAGGCUCACGACCGGAGAUUUGCACAUUCAUCUACAGCAGUUCUCUCCGUUAUCGAUCGGCAAUUUUAGGGUUCGACCUCCUAACCCUCGUAUCUUUCCUGAACCUAAUGGGCUCGUUAAAUGACUUUAAACCCAAUCACACCUUUUCACCCUCCUCAGAGCGUGCACACGUACACGGGUGACAUGACCCUAUCACCCUGACUCUACAUGGUCAGGGUAGUAAAAGAAGGGAGUAGCAAUCAUACCCAAAUAACAGCCUAUUGUGUGCGUGUGUAUGUGUGUGAAAAUGACUUCUCCUCAGAGAAGCCAGUAUACUCCAGAAGACGCUAAUUAGCCAAUGAUAGUGACCCGAGCCGCUCAGACCGCUGGAUGCCCGCGGUGAUCGGACACUUGUUCUGAUUACCACCAUUCAUCCUGAGAGAGAGAUCAGAGGAUGAAAGGAAAAAGGAAGAUGCAGGGUGAGAGGCCACACGUUCUGCUCUCUCUUUCCUUUGUCUCCGUAUUGAACAGCUGAUCUUCUUCUCCUCCACUGCCUCUGUUUAACUGAUGUCAUCUCUUCCCUUUCACUCCCUCUCUCCCUGUCCCUGCUCCCUGUGUUCUGUUUUAAUGCUCGUCAUUUUCUAUGUAAGGCUUCCUGGUGUAUGUGAUGAUGUUUUUGUAAUGACCAGAAUAUCUUGUAAUGGGUAUUUUGAUGCUGAUGAGAAAUUGUUUGAUACUGAAACUUCAAUAAAAACGUAAUUAAUAA